AUGAUGGUAUUUCGAGUUAAUCCUUUUAUUCCUCGUUUGUUCCAGGUCUCUAGGUUAACGGCAAGACGAUUUCAAAGUACUUUAGAUGCUUCAUUAGUACAAUUGAAAGAGCUUCAUCCAUCUUUAUUGCAGAAAGCUGAGAGUUAUUGUGAUGAAUUGGAUAAGUUGAAGAAAGAUAUGUUUGAUGGGAAUGCCUUUGAUGUUGAACAACAGAAGAAGUAUGCAAGGUUUUCUACAAUUGCCGAUGCCUUUCAUGAAUAUAAAUCACAAUUAGAUGAUUAUAAAGGGUUAAACGAGAUGAUAAAGUCAGAUCCUGCAUUGAAAGAUGAAGCUUCUCAAGAAUUGGAACAACUUAUACCACUGCUGAAUCGUAGUUCUUCGGUUUUGUUGGAUAAAUUGUUACCACCGCAUGAGUUUGCUGAUAAACCUUGUAUCAUCGAGUUGAGACCUGGUGUUGGUGGUAUAGAGGCAAUGAUAUUUGCUCAAGACUUAUUGAAUAUGUACAUUGGAUAUGCCACCAGCAAGAAAUGGAAACAUGAGAUCAUCUCCAGAAAUGAGAAUGAAAGUGGUUCCGGGAUCGUUGAUGCCAUUUUAAGUAUCAACGAACCAGGCGCUUAUGAUAGAAUGCGACUAGAAGUCGGUGUCCAUAGAGUCCAAAGGGUUCCAGCAACAGAAACCAAGGGCAGAACACAUACAUCGACAGCAGCAGUUGUGGUUCUCCCACAGCUUGGGAAUGGAUCGGAGAGAGAAGCAGAGGCUUACGAAAGAACUUUUAAACCUGAUGAAAUUCGUAUUGACGUGAUGAGAGCUAGAGGGAAAGGUGGACAACAUGUCAAUACUACUGAUUCGGCAGUCAGAUUGACACAUUUCCCAUCUGGUAUUGUGAUAUCUAUGCAAGACGAGAGAUCUCAACAUAAGAACAAAGCAAAAGCUUUUGCAAUUUUGAAAUCAAAAUUAGCUGAAAUUGAACGUUUAGAGAAGGAAGAGAAAGAAAGGUCAGCACGUAAAGAACAAGUCAGCACAACAGACAGGUCAGAUAAGAUAAGAACAUACAAUUAUCCACAGAAUCGAAUCACUGACCAUCGUUGUGGAUUAACAUUAUACGCAUUAAACGAAGUCAUCACAGGGGAAAGAUUGGAUGAAGUCAUGGACGUGGUUAAAGCACACGACACAGAUGAAAGAUCCCAAAGACUACUCAAUGAGCAACCAAAUUAA